CCAGCCCCGCCAGCCAGGCCGGCCAUCCCCAGGCCAGGCCAUCCCUAGGCCACCCCAGGGCCGCAGGCACAGCCGCAGGCACUUCGCAUCCUCGCCCCACUCGCGUCGCCAUGCCCGCGUGCACCAACGAGAGCCUGUCCAAGCUAUGGCCCGGGUCACCCGGUUCCCCUGGGUCGCCCGGGUCCCCGGCCGGGUCGCCGCCAUCCGGGUCGUCGCCGUGCUCCCCCGCGUCGCGCUCGCCGCCGUCCACGUCGCCGCCGCCGCGCCUCCGCCGUUCGCUGUCCAGCUCGACGGCUCUGGCCUACCCUCGCGAGCAGGCCUCCCCGCCGCCGAUCCAGCACCAUCACCACCAUCACCACCACCACCACGAGGAGGUGUCGGGCGGCCUGCUCGCCCUGCUGAUCGGAUGGUACCCUGCCUUCCUGCUUCGCUUCGCCCGCAACCUGGUCGCCGCCCUGGUUUACCUGUCGUGGAGCCAGCUGCUGCUGGCCGGCCCCACCCUCUGGCUGUCGGCCUGGCUCUGGCUCUUCUGGAAGGCUGUGCAGCUGCCGCUGGCGCUCAUCAAGGGCGUGCUGCAGCGCCUCUACACGCCGGCCGCGGAGCGCGCGCGCCGCAAGCGCACCGUGCUCAUCUCGGGCGGCUCCUCGGUGCAGGCGCUGCACCUCGCGCGCAACUUCCACUCGGCCGGCACGCGCGUCGUGGUGUGCGAGGUCGAGGGGCUGUUCGGACUGGCGCGCUUCUCCACCGCUGUGCACCGCUUCUACACCGUGCCGGUGCCGUCGGCCGACAAGGACUCGGCGCUGAAGUACGUGCGCGCCCUCUGUGACAUCGCGAUGCGCGAGGAGGCCGAGUACUACCUGCCCGUGUGCUCCAGCACGCCCGCCUACUACGAUGCUCUGGCCAAGCCCGACCUGGAGCUGCUCGGCUGCAGCGUGUUCUGCCCCGGGCUGGAGCAGACCUCGGCCCUGGACGACACCUUGGAGGUGCUCCGCCGAUGCCGCGCGCGCGGCCUGGCCACGCCGCUCUUCUACCCGGUGCACUCGCGCGACGAGGUGCUGCGCCUGUACGAGGCAGGCGUGCUGCGCCAGUCGCGCUUCUUCCUGCAGCUCGCCGGCCUGGACGGCUGCCGCGAGCGCAUCAAGCUCGCGCUGCCCACCAGCCGCCACGAGUUCCGCGCCAUGGCGCCCGCCGUGUCCCCGUCCCUGAUCGCGUCCCCUGACUACCGGACCUGGGUCGUGGUCCAGGACGUGGUCGGCGAGCACUUCCUCACCUGCACGACCGUCAAGAGCGGCCAGGUGGUGGCCAACGUCACGUGCCGCUUGGAGCAGGGCCUGGUGCACGUCGAGAGCGAGGAAGUGACGCGCUGGCUGGAGGCCUUCUUCGCGCGCAUGCCCGUCACCGGCCACUUUCGGUUCCGGCUGGUGCGGCCCGCCUCGGCCUCGGCCUCCACGGGGCUGCUGCCGCUGGGCUGCCGGGUGGGCGUGUCUCUGCCCUACCUGUGCCACACCUCCGUGCACCCGCGCAUCGUCAUCAAGCCGUGCCGCCACUUCAGCCGGCAGGCCUCGGGCCCGCUCGUGUCGGGCUCGGGCCGCUACUGGAUGCACGAGGCCGUGCUGGACACGCUCAAGCGGCCCAGCGUGGAGGCCGUGAGCAAGUUGAUCGGGACGGUGCUGGACAAGCGAGAGGCCCUCUUCGUGUUCUGGGACCCGCUGCCCUACUGCGCGUACUACCACCUGCAACUGCCCGCCCGACAUCUGCUGGGCUUUCUGCAGGGUCGCAGCAGCACCUGUCAGCGCACCGCCACAGCCCCCGUCGCCGUGAAGUGAGCAUCUGCAGCUGGCACCAAACGGCCGGAGCCCUGUAUGCUACUGCAGCUGGCCCGCGUCUGGACGCACCUGCAGCAGCCUCCUCUGGAUGAACCUGCAGCGAGCUGUUGCGCCUCCAGCUGGCCUGCAGCUGGCUCGCGCUCUGCCUCUAGAGACACCUGCAGCAGCUGGCACUCACUCUGCCUCUAGAGGCACCUGCAGCUGGCACAGUUUUCGCGUCCAGGAAAUUGUCAUGUCCUGUGUGUUUGACCUCUGUGACACUCGGCACCCAUCAGUGACAUGUGAACAGCCCUCGACCGCGAAUCACUUUGGCCAGUAUUAAGAGUGCCAUCUAGUCACCCGUCCACCUCAAAUCGUAUUGACAGUCGCCACGCUCGACCUCUUAGGCUGCCCUGGAAGUUGGCGUUGACUUUUGAACCGUAGCAAUCGCCGAGUCCACUCGUUUGUUUGCGCUGCCACAAGUGGAUAUUACGUCAAUAUGAAAACAGAAUAAUUGUGAUAGGAGGAGACACGCUGGUUUUAUUUUACCGUACUUUCUUUUUAAAAAAAGCCUUUUUAAUAUUUUUCCGGUUUAGAGAAUAGUUCGUACCCUUAGUUUCAUAUCCCGUUUGUGACGCAGUGGAUCCUGUACGCGUUGUCUUUUAUUGUUAUAUCCGAGUGACAUCGAUGUGAAUCUUAUUGCGAUCGGAGGAAGGUGCCUGGGCUGGGCAAGGGUAGCUCGAGGGGUAGCCCGGUUGUAACGUAACGUCCCCCUCCUCCUCGGCCGCUUGGCUGUUCGCACUGCGCCACACUUACUGCGCCCGCCCUGGCCCCGGCCCCCUCCCGGUCAGCUGACCCGUGCGCUCUGCACAGUCAGUCUGCGCGCUUGUCAGCUGCACCUCCAGCCCAGCCUCUCGCCGCGUGACCAGACUCACCCUCUCACCUCCCAGCCUCUCCGGCCAACUGACCAAUUACCGGCUGAUAGGGACAGAAUCAUGUUGCUGAUGUAAGACUCCGUAAUGAGUAAUGAUGCUGAAAUGAGAGAAAGAGGUGGGGAAGGGGUAGGGAGAUAUAACGGUGGGUGGAGGGGGUAUGGUCCGGACGAAAAAGAAAGACAGGACCGCAGGGGUCAAAUGUGCCUUGGUAAAGAUGAGUCGCUUUUGUCGCUCGCUCGCCACGUGAUGUCCUCUUAUCACUUUUUGCAUUCACAAAGACAUUCCAAAGUCGAAAAAUAAAAUGGUGCCUCGGUACAGUCUGUCUGGCGACGGUUACUAACGGCGAAAGAUGUCAAAAGUUUCGUAGCUGACAAAUCCUUGUGUGUAGAUGUCGUAAAUGAAAGCUGGCUUGGCAGCGGCCAAGUUUUGAGAGUAGAUUUUGGACGGUUGAGCGUUGCCGUACGUAGAUAAAAUAAGUUUUUGCAUGUCAAACGUUUUACAUAAGUUGACGCUCAUAGACCAUAAGUUGUUUUUUUCCUUCUGAUUUUACGUUAAUUUUUAUCGUGCUGUAAUAAUUGUGACUUUAUCGUGCUUAUUUAUUUAUUUUUAAUUCUUCACAUCGCCCCUUUUAGGAUUGUUUCACCUUGAAACACGCUCAUUCGAUGUUGUCUUCUUUCGAGAGAAGUCUUGAAAUUUAGGGGAAACGAGAAUGAUCUACUCAGAUACUGAAAUACUCAUUUUAUGUCGUUUGUUUGUGUACGUAAACUUUGUGAAAAGACUGAAUCCUUUUACUGUUGAUAUUGUUGUUAGUUUUUGUAUUAUAUGUGGGAAUGUAUAUUUUUUCACCCUUUUACUUUUUUUUCACAUUAAAAUGUACACAAUAAUCUGGG